UCUCUGUACUUGCUGCACGAUUUUUCUGGAAACCUAAAACUGCUCUAGAAAAUAAUGUCUAUUAAUUAAAAAAAAAUCUAUCUUGCAAGGGAGACCUGGGGCGGGGGAAGGAAGCAGGUGCCCAUGCAGGUGCUGUGGGGGCAGGGAUGGCCUUCUUGGGCACUGACAAGCCGCGAGCCCAAUGGCGAGUGCCGGGCAUCUGCUACUGCUGUCGUCACUGCUGUCCGUGUCCUUGGCCUGGAGGACCAAGAGCUUUUUCCUGUUCCAUAAGAGGAUGGGAGAGGCCUGCUCUGACCACGCCGAGUGCCGGAGCCGCUGCUGCGUCACCAGCAGCCUGGACCCGCAGACGUUCUGCACGCGCAAGACCAUCUUCCUCAAAUGUCUGCCUGGCAGAAGGUGCCCCCAACAGUACGCAUGCUCUGACCACGCCGAGUGCCGGAGCCGCUGCUGCGUCACCAACAGCCUGGACCCGCAGACGUUCUGCACGCCCAGGACCAUCUUCCUACAGUGUGUGCCUUGGCGCAAGCCCAACGGGGCCUAUUGCACCCACCACAAGGAGUGCCGGAGCCAGUGCUGCAUCAAGCUCAAGGAGGCCGGCCACUACCGCUGCACCCGCCCGAGCGGGCUCCUGGCCCAGUGCCUGCCCUUGGUGAGCCCCUCCCCGUGGGACGGAGGUGCCUCCGGCACGGAAGGUCCUGGAUGUGCCUGAGGUCCUGCAGCCGCUGAAUGUGGCUGUCUCCAAACCCAGUGGGCGUCCCGUUCCGGGAGAGGCUCACACCUGCUGUCUGGAGACUGGCCUCCAGGUCCGUUUCGCGCGGACGAGGCCUCAGGAAAGGAAAGAGUGACAGGGAAGAAAAAGCUGCAAGGGGGAACCAGCACGGACUUCGCAGAAGCUCACCUGGAUCUUGUGCCUGAGUUUGGCUGGGAGCUUGGCUCGUGGGUCCAUGCUGCUCUUUCUGGGCUGUGAAAACCUGUGAGGCAUUAGACACAUCUGUCCCUUCUCCUAUCAGUGAACUCCUGAGGCUGAUUGUGAGCGUCUGAGAACAAACCGCAGCUACUGGAAUCUUCACAUCAAUAAACACCUGCUGAUUGA